AUGAAACUUUGGCAUCAAAAACAUUCGUGUGGGUGUGGUCACUCCAAUGUCGAAAUCAAUACUCGAAUUAUCAAUGGUGAAGAAGCUGUACCAUUUAGUUGGUCCAUGGUUGUUUCGAUACGUUAUGAUUUGAUUCACAAUGGAAAUUCAUUGAUGCAUGUGUGCGGUGGAACUAUCUUAACCGAAUCGUUUAUUCUAACUGCAGCCAAUUGUUUAGACGAACUAAAAGGUAGCGUUAUAAAUGCCAAUGUGACGAUUGCUGCUGGGAUACAUCGACGAUCUCAGCCGAGACAGAUCAUUCGAAGUGUAGAUCAAGUUAUUAUUCAUCCGAAUUGGACUGGAUCAUGGAAUCAAUACGAAAAUGAUAUUGCCCUACUGCAUCUAUCGCAACCAAUUGACUUUUCUCGGAAUUCGUUGAUUACGCGAACAUGUUUGCCAGAACAAUUGAGCACCGAUGAGGAAUUAUUGCAGUAUCCGGUACCGGGUUUGAAUUUGGUUGUUGUUGGAUGGGGCCGACGUGUUUUUCAUGGUGAUGAUUCUGAUAUUUUACAACAACUACCAGUUACAACACUCAAUAACAACCAUACAAUAUGUAAAAAUAUGAUCAGUGAUCCACUGAGUCAAUUCUGUGCUAAACUACACGAUGCAAGCGGAAGUCCCUGUUAUGGCGAUUUCGGCGGGCCAAUACUUCGAUGGCUGCAAGAUCGAUGGGAACAAGUCGGUAUCGCAUCAUUCACACCAGACGGAUGUGAAGAAAACUCUGCUACUGGAUAUACUCGAUUAGCAUAUCAUCGUGAAUGGAUUGACGAACAAAUAAAAGAUAAGGAUGAAUCGACUGACUAUCCAUUGCUAACGACCGUUACUGAUGAAGUUAUUCCUGAACCAUCUUCAAACAACUAUCAAUGCGACAGAAACGAAGUUCCGUGUGGUUGCGGUCGUCGACAUGUUCAAUUCUCUCCAUCAAAGAUCAUGAACAAUAAUCAUGAGGCCGUUCCAUAUAGUUGGUCAAUGAUAGUUUCUAUACGUUCAAAGAACAAAAAUAAACAUUUAUGUAGUGGAUCUAUUCUAAGUGAAUUCUACAUACUGACAUCAGCAUCGUGUAUAGAGAAUUUGUCUACCUAUGGUUUAAUGGUGUUAGCCGGUAUCCAUAAUCGAUCCGAGGCAGCUGGAAUAUAUCGAAAGGUCGAUCGAAUCUUUAUGCAUCCUAAUUAUGCAGGUCAUUUAGAUAAUUACGCAAAUGAUCUUGCUAUUCUGCAUGUAUCUGAACCAUUCUAUUUCGAAUCUAGUUCAAAGUUAGCUGUUGUAGGAUGGGGUUUGAUGAAUUGUCAAAAUAAAAGUAGAGAACAAGAUUUACUGCAGCAGAUUGAAGUUUAUUCAACGGAUCAAUUGGAAAAAACGUGCUACAUCUUGGAUAAACACCAAAAUUUUCAGUUCUGUGCAGGAUUAGCCAACAUGCAAGGGGAAGUUCCAUGCGUUGGUGAUCCAGGCAGUCCUGUUUUCUUAUGGCUCCGUGACCAUUGGGUACAAGUCGGCAUCGGAUCAUAUAUAUUCGAUUAUGGUGCCUUCCGAAAUUUAGGAAUUUACACGCGAACUAUCGAGUAUAACGAGUGGAUACAACAGAUUAUCGGUAAUUGUUCCUCUAAGGAUCCGUUGUGGACGACAACAACUACAACGCCUGUCCCUCAUACUACGGUACAACCAAUCUCAUAUCCAUGCAAUCGAUCGGCAACUUGUGGUUGUGGUCCUGUCUCUGUGAGCUUGACACCACCACGUAUCGUCGGUGGCGAAAAUGCUUUAUCAUACAGCUGGCCAAUGAUGGUCUCUAUACGUUUUUCGUUUCCAGCUCGUCAUUGGUGUGGCGGAAGUAUAUUAUCAGAUUCUUAUAUCCUCACUGCUGCGCAUUGUCUCUCUCUAUAUGUAUUAAACCCACCAGCUAACAUUACUAUCUCAGCUAGUUUAACGAAUCUCUCGGAUCCGAAUCAAAUUCUUCGAAGGGUUGACCACAUUUAUAUCCAUCCUGAAUAUAUAGGCCAUCAAGAUAAUUAUCGUCAUGAUAUUGCUGUCCUGCAUUUAAAUGAAUCAUUAGCUAUAGAAAACCAUUCGCUUUUGACUAGAACUUGUGUACAUCGUGUUGAACCACCAGCCUUAAGUAAAGACUAUAUAAAAACUGGAACUCCUCUGGCUGUUAUUGGUUGGGGUCGAGCGCGACCUAAUUCCCCCUUUGAAUCUACAAUUCUCCAACAAGUUGAAGUAUACGCCAUUGACAAUGACGAUCCGGUCUGUCAAGAUAUAACAAAUAACACCGAAAUACAAUUUUGUGCCGGGCUACAUCGCGGCGGUAAAGAUGCAUGCCAAGGAGAUUCGGGUGGACCCAUCUUUCAAUGGAGAGAUAGUUAUUGGGAACAGGUAGGCAUUGUUUCUUAUGGAAAAGGUUGCGCAGAACCUAACAAACCCGGUGUUUAUACUCGACUGUCGUACUAUUAUGAUUGGAUUAGUGAUAUCCUUAAAAACAGUAGUGAACACUUGGAGCCAAAAGUGACAUUCGAGACGACUUCAUCAACAUCAGUAGAAUUUACGGUGACUGCUAAUGUAAGUUUGAACGACACGACGACAGCAUUGGCAGAAAACAAGACAACACAAUUUGUAAAAAAUAUUGCUCCUGCUAGUCGUGAAACCAGAGAUGUUCCAGCAAACAAAUUCUUCGGCCCCGGUUUCAAUUGGUGGCGUUCAACUACGAGCAGAUCGACACGGCCUACAAGUUCAAAUACACCAGCUGCGAUUUCAUCCACAGCACAGACAGUUGUUACAUCAUCUGUAAUGCCAAGCAGUACAACAAGCUCAUCUUCACCAUUCACAACUUUCCAAAAUGAAGUGUUGGCUCAAACAAACAAAUAUCGUGCAAUGCACUGCGCGCCUAAUUUGAAACUCAAUGCUACACUCAAUAGUAUUGCUCAAGCCUAUGCUGUUAAGUUAACUACACUCAAAACCUUAACACACAGUAACAACAAACUGGGAGAAAAUUUGUACAUGACUUCAUUGACAUCAACAAUGGAUGUCAAUUCGGUCAAAGGUUCACAACCCGUUGAUUUGUGGUACGCUGAAGUCAAAGAUUACAAUUGGUCAUCGCCUGGUUUCACAUCCGGAGCAGGACAUUUUACUCAACUGGUAUGGAUAUCAUCGACCGACCUGGGUGUUGGCAUUGCUUGUGCGAAUGAUGUCAGAGCUUGCUACGUUGUGGCAAAUUACUCGCCAGCGGGUAAUGUCUUCGGUCAAUUUCCUGCGAAUCAUCAAGCGUGUAUUUUAAUUAUCCUAAUGGCAAGUUUCCUAUCUCGUUAUUUAAAAUAUAUCUCAUUCUUCGUUCUGAUCGUCGCUAUCCUAUACAAAUAUGAAAUACCUGUCAGUCCGUCGAAUAGUAAAACACUGCUGAUAAAGAAGAAUUCGUUACUUCCAUAUGAUAAAGUACAAGUGUAUCAACUGAUUACAAAUAUUGAUAAAUUUACCGGGUGGUAUCCAAACGUUGCUCGUGUUGAACAUAUGAAAGCUACUGCACCACGAGCAAAGAAACCCGAAGGCGAAAAAUAUCGACUGAUCACCAAAAUUCCUUUGAUUGGCGAAAUAUCAUCGGAAUUAACUAUUCAAAAAACCAAUCGUCCUGAACAGUUUAUUUACUCGGUAAAUUCCUGGUUACUUGAAACAAAUUUCAUUGAACUGAAGAGUAACUUGAAAAAUAAAAAUUCAACUGAUAUCGAAUGGACAGUCUACACAAAACGGCGUAGUGCUCUUUUUCAAUAUGUCAUUCUCCCAUUUGCGAAAUUUUACAAGAAUCAACUUGUUCGUGAAGCAUUAUUCUCCUUGAUGAUUCAUUUCCGUAAUCUUUAA